GACACAUCCAUACACCCAAUCAUAGUCCAGACUCCUGCCACUUCAAUUUCCAUCUGGUCCUUGCAUGGUCAGUCUUCUUCAACCUCACACCAUCCCAAAAAAAACCAUUACACCUCUGCGCAAGUUAGCCUCCACCACCACACUCAUGCAAAUAAACCUCAACUCAAUUUCUUAAUCAUCUUCAUUCCUCCACCAAACUUCUUAAUUAAUCAAUCAAUUAACCAAAACCAAUCUCUCACAAUUUUUUUUCUAUCACUUUCUAUUUCAAUUCAACAACAAAAAAAACAUCAACAAUGAUGGACUCCGAAAAUCACACCACAGAGGAACACCUACACCCGCACCCUCUCUCUUCAUCAAAUGAUGAAUUAGAAAACCUCAAUCUCCACGAAAACAACGAACACGAUUCGUUAUUAAGUACUAAAUCGUACUCUAAUUACCGGAGCGUGAUGUCCACGCUCUCUGAUUCUCACAAUCAUCCACUUUCUUCGCCGAGUUUCGUAUCAUCGGCGGAUUCCGAUCCACUUCUAUCUCCACCGCAACACUACCGCGAAUUCACAAACCCUAAUUCGUCUGAUACUUCUUCUUACAUCGAUCCUCCUUCUUACGCAGACGCGAUUUUCACUUCUUUCGACGGCGAGACAUCUUCUAACGGCGUUGAUACUCCGACUCGAAGCUCCUCCGAUGGAAUUUUUUUCUCGAGAUCUUCUUCAAGUUCGGAGUAUUUGAAAAUAACGGUUUCGAAUCCGGUUAAGGAGCAAGAGAAUUCGAAUUCGAUUGUUCCUGGUAGUAGUAGUUAUGUGACGUAUUUGAUUACAACGAGAACGAAUAUUCCGGAGUUUGGAGGUUCGGAAUUCGGUGUCCGGAGAAGGUUUAAGGAUAUAGUGACGCUUUCUGAUCGGUUAUCGGAGGCGUAUCGAGGGUUUUUUAUACCGCCGAGGCCGGAUAAGAGUAUUGUGGAGAGUCAGGUGAUGCAGAAACAGGAAUUUGUUGAGCAGAGGAGAGUGGCAUUGGAGAAGUAUCUUCGGAGAUUGGCGGAUCAUCCGGUGAUUAGAAAGAGUGAUGAGUUUAGGGUGUUUUUGCAGGUUCAAGGGAAGCUUCCAUUGCCGACUACGACUGAUGUGGCGUCGAGGGUUUUGGAUGGGGCGGCGAAGCUUCCGAAACAGUUGAUGGGGGAGAGUUUGAUUGCUCCUAGUGAGGUUGUGCAACCGGCGAAAGGGGGGAGGGAUUUGUUGAGGUUGUUCAAGGAGUUGAAGCAAUCAAUGUCCAAUGAUUGGGGAGGUUCUAAGCCACUUGUUGUGGAGGAAGAUAAAGAGUUCCUUGCAAAGAAGGAAAGGGUUCAUGAACUUGAACAGCAAAUCAAUAGUGCAUCUCAGCAGGCUGAAUCGCUUGUUAAAGCACAACAAGAUAUGGGAGAGACAAUGGGAGAAUUAGGGUUGGCAUUUAUUAAAUUAACAAAAUUUGAAAAUGAAGAAGCUGUUUUGGACUCUCAGAGGGUACGAGCUGCCGACAUGAAAGGUGUAGCAACAGCUGCUGUGAAAGCUAGCAGAUUAUUUCGAGAAUUAAAUUCUCAAACUGUGAAGCAUUUGGAUACACUUCAUGAAUAUCUUGGAUUAAUGUUGGCUGUUCACAGUGCAUUCACGGAUCGCACAAGUGCACUCUUGACGGUACAGACCCUUCUAUCAGAACUCUCUUCUUUGCAAUCAAGAGCUGAAAAACUUGAAGCGGCUUCAUCUAAAAUAUUUGGGGGUGACAAAACAAGGUCUCGUAAGUUAGAGGAGCUACAGGAAACCAUAAGAGCAACCGAAGACGCCAAAAAUGUUGCAAUCAGAGAAUAUGAGCGGAUCAAGGAAAACAAUAGGAGUGAACUUGAAAGGCUUGAUAGAGAGAGGCAGGCUGACUUCUUAAACAUGUUGAAAGGAUUUGUAGUUAAUCAGGUGGGAUAUGCUGAGAAAAUUGCUAAUGUCUGGACAAAAGUUGUUGAAGACACCAGUGGAUAUGCGAAAGAAAGCACGUGAAAUCCGGCUAUUGAUUUAAAUUUUAAUCUUUAUUCAUUGAUGUGCAAUUCUCAUAAUAUGUCUGUAUUCAUGACAAUAAAUCAAAAUGUGUUUUGCGGGUUGGUAGGUUUUUUCUUUCUCACUUGUACCUCAGAACAUUUUACACAUCAUUCAAUACUUGAUGUUGUACAUUACAUGCUCUUUGUUUGACUCUUUCAGCUUUAACAAUGCCUAAUUUUUUUUUUUUUUUCUGUUUCUAA